AUGGGUUUGGGCAUUUGGGUGGUGUUGUUACUGCUGCCAUCUAUUAUUUGCUGCUCUGCAUGUUUACAAGAGGAGAGAAAAUUUCUUUUAGAUAUCAAAAGAGGCAUUAACUUCACUUAUUCCGGAGAAAUCCCGUUUAAUCGGCUGGAAUCGUGGAGAGGGUUGAACUGUUGUGCGUGGGAAGGAGUGAGUGUCUUUGAUCGUCCUCUUCCCAUCCCUCCACAAGUUGGAGAGCUGAGGAGAUUGAAGUAUCUAAAUUUGCUUGGUUGUGAAUUUAUUGGUCAAAUUCCAAGAGAAUUGACUAAACUGCAGCAGUUGGAGCAUUUGGAGCUUAAUGACAAUGAUCUUCAAGGUGUCAUUCCAAGGGAGAUCGGUAACAUGUCAAGCUUGAAGUUUCUUGGGCUCUCCCUCAACAUAGGUUUGAGGAGCAGCAAGUUUGUUGAUUGGAUUACAAAUUUGAGAGGGCUGGAGCAAUUGGACCUCACUAACGCUAAUCUCAGUAUGGCAAGAGAUACUUGGCUGUGGAACAUUGCUACUCUUACCAAUCUCACCGAACUUUACAUGCCCGGUUGUGGGCUUUCAGGAGAAAUUCCUCCCUCAUUUGCAAAUCUUUCACGGCUUCAAGUGUUGGACCUUUCGGGAAACUCAUUGAGAGGUAAGAUUCCUGCCUUUGAUGAAGCUCGUCCUUUGUCAUAUCUUGAUCUUUCUCAGAACAACUUGGAAGGUUCUAUUCCCUCAUCUUUAGGUGGCCUCUCAAAGCUGGUGCGCAUCAUUCUCAAUUCAAACAAAUUAAAUGGUAGCAUUCCAUCUACUCUAGGUAAUCUCUCAGCCCUGAGUGAGCUUGAUCUAAAGGAUAAUUCUUUUAGUGGUCCAAUUCCAACUUCCUUCGCUAAGUUAUCUAAGCUAGAAACGCUGAUGCUAGCCAACAACAAAUUGAAUGGAACAUUCUCAUUUUUUAUGUUGAAUAAUUGUGUCAAAUUCAAUGCGUUGGAUCUCUCAAGCAAUAUGCUGACUUUAGAAAUCAAUGCCUCCACCAUUCCCAAAUUUCAGCUCCAGUUUCUAGCUUUACAUCAGUGUAAUAUUAGUGGAAAUUUCCCUGCAUUUAUUUCAACUCAGUAUGAAAUUGGAUACAUAGACUUUUCAAGAAACUCUCUUAGCGGCUUUAUUCCAAAUUGGCUUUGGGAACUCACAUCUCUUUAUUAUGUAGAUUUGUCUGAAAACUUUUUUUAUGGAUCAAUCCCCAAGGAUGUACAUCUCACGGAUCUUUCAUUUCUUUCAUUGGCCAACAAUAAUCUUAGUGGUUUCAUUUCAAACUCUAUUUGUAAUUGGGAGAGUUUGAAAUUUUUAGACUUAUCAGAUAAUGGGUUGAAUGGUAGUAUUCCCCAAUGUCUAAAAAACUUCUCUAUGUUGUCUGUCUUAAAUCUAGAGAAAAAUAAUUUAAAAGGGAUGAUACCAAAUAUAUGGAAGACAAUAGAUGAUCUUGAGGUAUUGAAAUUAGGACACAAUACACUUCAGGGGGAUAUUCCAUCAUCACUUGGGAAAUGUAAGCAUCUAAGAAUCCUUGAUUUAGGAAAUAAUAACUUGCAAGGGAAUAUUUCAAAUUGGGUUGAAAGCUUGCACUCUCUCCAAAUUUUAGUAUUAAAAAAUAAUAAUUUUACAGGCAAAAUUCCUUUGCAAUUAAUAGAAUUACAAAACCUUCAAAUUUUAGAUAUGUCAAACAACAAUUUUUUAGGGGAUAUUCCAAAUGACUUUGGGAAGUUAGCUGCAAUGGAAAGUCAAUCAGAUGAAACAAAUAUCAUUGAACAAGCAUAUGGUUAUUCAAUCGAUAAGAAACAAGAAAUUUAUUAUGUAGAUGACCUAACAGUUAAGAAUAAAGGACAAGAUAUGGAAUUUAAAUUUUUUUUGAAACUAGUAAAAUGUCUUGACCUCUCCAAUAAUAGUCUAUCAGGUAACAUUCCUAGGAAUAUUGGAUCCCUCAAAGGUUUGGUUAUCCUCAACAUUUCAAGAAAUCAUUUCAGUGGUGAGAUUCCUAAAUCCAUUGGAGAUAUGAUAAUGCUGGAAUCACUUGAUCUUUCACAUAAUAAACUAUUUGGGACUAUUCCUACUGAGCUACAACUUCUCACAUCCUUAAGUUACUUUGAUGUAUCAUAUAAUAACCUAUCAGGGAUGAUACCACAAGGAGCACAAAUGAUGACAUUUGAUUCUAUAUACUUCUCCAACAAUUCAGGCUUAUGUGGCCUCCAAAUCUAUGUGUCAUGUUCAAGUAGCCCACAUAAUUCUCCAAAGGCAAAUGAAGAAAAUAAUGAUGAUUCAGAAGAUAAUAUAUGGUGGAAAAGAAAUGUGGUGCCUAUUUUGGUGUCGAUGGAAGAUGUUGUGAGCAAAUGCCUGGGAAGAUCCACGAAGCCUAAGCGGCUAAAAAUGGAGACCAUGAUUGGUUUUCAUGAAGGCACAAAACAUUGGACUGCAGACAUUGCCAAACCUACAUCUGAUAAGGAUGCUGCCACCACUUCAGAGGUUGAUUAUACUAUUGAGCAAAUUGAUUUGGGGGUAGGAACUAGAGCAGUUGAUGUGAAACAUUUGGAGACUUUGACCAAAAGGAUUACCUCCCGCACUUGGAAGGACGAAAAGGAUAAGGCAGAGUUGAAGCAAAAUUUAAUGCAAAUGGCUCAAUACAUUCAUGCUCUAUAG